GACCGGGGCUCCUCAGAGGAGAGGGCAGAAACAAACAUUGGCCUUGAGACCGACAGUAAAAGCCAGAUUGGAUUUGGGUUUGUCAAAAGCUCGUCUCUGUGUGGAAAAGUCUCUUGUUUGCAGAGUUCAACCUCAUACCAGAGACCUGUGAUCCUGUGCAGUAGGAGUCUGUGACUACUGAGGGACCACGGAUCCCCUGUUCCCUCUGUGUCUCUCUGGGAAUAGUCGUACGCUGAUGGUCCUUCUGUGCCGGUGUCUUUCAGCCAGCUGAUGUGCAGAGGCUGUUGGUUUGGGCAGUUGUGGCCCUGCAGCUGGCUGAGCCAUGGGGAACGAGAGCAGCACAACUGAGGCGUUGCCAGAAGAGGGCGAUCCAGAAAGUGUUGUUCUGUUUCCACCUCAGGAAAAUCAAAAUGACUCCCUACUACAGGCUGAAGCUCACGCUGAGAGUUUGACCCGGAGGGACAACAGAGCGCUUCUGACUGAAGCCUCGGCCAGCCAGCAGAGCCUGCUGUCUCAACCAGUGCUCCCAGACAUCCCAGUCAUCACCGGAGAGGAGGAGAGUGGUGGUGCGGCUCGAGAUCAGGAGGAGCUUGAGUUUCCUCAUGACCUGCUGCCCAGUCUAGACUUCAGCAGUGAGCUCAACAUCUGGGAGUCCUCGCUGGGAGCUCAGACUAGCUCAGGUAAGAGGAUAUGUAAGCAAGUGGACCCUCUGUUGGCGGGCCCGCAUCAUCACACGGAAGUCAGUCGAUCACCGCUGGUCCUAGAUGCAAGGCCUCAUGACAGCGACCCAGUUCUCACAGAUGUUCAGCCUUCACCUCGGCCCACUGCCACACCUGACACAGGAGUCCGACCCCCGACGCCUUCCCCAUCUGUGCUCCUAGAUCUGGAACUCAAACAGGCCAUCCAGGAAUGUGAAGAACAAAUGGCCUCACUGGGCAUACUUAAUCCCACAGGGCCCCCCAGCAUCACGCCUGGGAAGGUUAAUGAUGUAGGCAAGAAAACUGGAGAAGGGAUGGUUAAUAAAUUCAAUGAGUCAUCUUCACUGCCUCCAAUCACAGUCCAGCCAGGACAUAGCAACGGGGGCCAUGGAAACAAGGGUACACAUGGAAACAGUGAAGUAGCAAGCAGUCAGAAAGAUACAGUUGUGUUUAGUUUUAGGAAUUACAUUCUGGGCACUGAGAAUAGUGCCGGUGCAGCAGGGACGGAGAGUGAAAAAAAGGCAGAAAAAGAAAUAAAUGAGCAGAAGGAAAGACACACACAUACACAAUUAGAAACAACAACAGAUUUAUUUAAGGAAACUCAAGAAGAAGUUGCAUUUUCUGAGGUGAGAAACCGUUCCAGAGAGGAACAUGUUGAUUCUAAAGCAGGCAUCGAGGAAAAUGGCACUCUAGAUUGUAAUGCAGUUAAUAGGGAGAAAGACACAGCGGCAAUAACAGAGAUUGUGGACAUAAAGAAAGAAAAGCGUGACGAGUCCAGUAUUAUCGUUUGUAUAGAUAAAAAGGGAAAGAAAGAUCAAUCAGUUGAUGAGACAUCAGAGUGCAAUACUCUUCAUUUAAAGGAUAGCGAUGCAUUGUCAGAGAUGACGAGUUCUCCAUGUGCCAAACACGCUGGGCAGGACAAAACGGCAAAGAAGAAAGACAAAAAGAAACAAAGGAGAAAGAAAAAGAUAGAAGAGAAGAACACAGAGACUGGACAGAAAGAAAAGGCAGUAGUACAACCUGAAAAUGAAUUACAGGCUGUCUCUCUCAUAAAGGCAGGAAAUCACAUAGAUUCAACAGCAAAUACAGAAUCGGUGUCACAGGCAGCUCUGACUGUGAUUUGUGGGGAACAGCCUGAUAAUGGGUUUGCCUCCAAGCAACAGCUGAGUCCCGGGGGAAAGCCCAUUCCCAGCCCCCCACUAUCAUCCUCUCAUAGCAGGCAGGAUCAUCUUACUGCCUGUUCACCUGCGUCCAACCAGGCUCUUUCACAGAGGCCUCAUCUGUCAGACAACCACAACCAUACAGAUGCCUCAUGUCGCAUAAAUCACAGCUCGGAUGAAAUCCCACAGCCGAAGCAACAUGUAACCGGAGGUGUUACCGACAACCAACAUACAACCCUGACACAUGUCCAAACUACAGUUAUCAAUCCAGCUGCUUCUGCUGAUAAAAGAUCAGAUGCACAAACACAUGAGUUAACUACAGUUACCUCAGAAGCAGUGAUACUCACACAGGAGAAUCCCAGCCCACUCUCCAACAGCUGGACAUGUGUGGGAGAGAGCAGCGUGGAGAGUGCCCUUGAACAGCCUUUAGUGGUGGUUGCUGCGUUGCCACCGGCAACACCCACGAUGCCAGAAGUGAUAGAAAGCAAGGGAGAGGGAGAAAGCACGAGGCGUGAUUCAUUGGCUGUAGCUGCUGUAGCAGUCGCAGAGAGUGAGAAAGCAGUAGGAGAGAAAGAUUUAGGGGGAACAGGAAAGUGUCUCAGCUCUGCAGACGAAGAGAAAGAAGGACACUUGGACAACCUUCCUCAGUUCGCAUUAAUCUGUUCACAGGGAAAAGGCUCACUUGCAUUUUCAGCCAAAGAGGGACAGGCUUCAUCUGAGGAAAGCUGCAGCAGCAAAAUGCCACACAACUCUGCUGAGACAGAAAUGAAGGGACCGGGAGAAACAAGCGUUCGCAGUGCAGACACCGGGGUCUCACCAGCUGAAGAGGGAGACAAAGAAAAGGAGUCACUCUGUUUAGAAGUCUAUAUCAAUACUUCUCCCUUUGGGCUACUCACUAGUCCUGAUUGUCAGGAUUACAGUGCUGUGGGAUUGGAGGAAGCAGGACGAGGGGGAGGAGAAGGGGAGGUGGGAGAGAAAGGACGGCUGGCUACUGAGCACAGUUCAUUCAGCCAGCCAGAAGGCUCUGCUAGUGGGGUGUCAUCAGCCGAGACAGAGACGCGUCCGCCCACCGAUGUUGCAGAGUCACAGCUGAAGUCACAGAGCUGGACUGAGCCGAUUGCUACCAUCCCUGAGAGCAUCUGCACUGAACAGGACCGUCUUUCUCAACCCUGCCAAGAACAGCAUGGCGCAGCCAUCUCACCUCUUCCCACUAACCCUGAACAGAGCUCCAGCAAUACAAACAAAGGGGUAAGGGCUGAUCUCAAACAGAAUUUCAUUUCAGAAGAAGCAUUGUCUUUGGGACACAUUUGUAGGGAAUCAUCCAUCCCAGAGACAGAGGGAAAUAACGGUCAAAUCUUGCUGUCUUUAAUCUCACCUCAGCUGCUGACUUCUUCACAACAAAUCUCAGUCGAGCAACAAGCGAGCAACAUUCAACAGGUCCAGCCUAAAAGUAGCACAACAGAAACCAGCACAGCCGUAAGUUCAGCCGCAGAGUUCCAAGUCCAGAAACAGAGCAAUAGUGGGGCUAUGUCUGGAGUGGAUGUGUACGUAUGUAACAGAAGCAGAGGCAACAACAGAGUUCACUUUGCGGACACUGUGAAACAAGAAAGCAGUUCCUCUUUGGAUCUCAGGAACAUGUCGGUGCCAGCUAUGGACUGCGCCUCUUUGCCUCCGCUGACUGUACAUGAAAGUUUGCACCAUCCUGUGGUUGAGGCCAGCUACACCUUCCCAGAAUUUCUCAGCUUGAAAAAGUCAGAAAUCCCCGCAGAUACAACUCCUGCUAAGGAUGAAUUAGCAAAACGGAGCUCAGCCGACUCCCCGAAGCCACAGGAAGAUCUCCAGUUGAAUAAAGGAAAUACGGGGACCAAAGAUACCAAGGAGAACAAUAACAUAGAUCAGUCAGGUAACAACAACUUGGAGACUAACACAGUGGAUUUACAGUCAGCGACUGAGGCCUGCUCAAAACAGCUUCCUUGUCCUACGGAGAAGAAUCAGACUGGUGACGUUAUACAAACAGCAGAAAGUGCAGUCUCUGAGGCUGAUCAACCAACAGUUGAACAGGUGUCAGCAAAGGUGACAAAGCAAAUAGAGGCAGAAACAGAGAAGGAUGGUGUAACCCUGUGUUUGUCAACUGAGAAAGAGAUAGAUAAGUUACAUGCUUCGUCUAAAGGCUUAGUCAAGGCUGGCCUGCCCCAGGAGUCCCCUUUAAUAUGGGAUGCUACUGAAGGUAACCUACAUCCUCUCUCCUCAUGUUCUGUGCUUCCAGCUGAUGAUGUUACCUGCAAGCUUUUAAGUGAUGUCUCCACUGAGUUACCUGUUGGUCAGCUCUCUACGGACCUUGACCCCAGUUCAGCGGCCAAAACUGUGAUCUGCACAGCCUCUCUUCAGACAAAGCCUAGUCACCCCAGUUAUCAGCCUCCCACCCAAUUAGAUCAAACACCUCCUCGUAAACUGGUUCCCUCAGAUCCCAUGAAAGCCAGUGAGGGGUCGGAGCCCAUAAUUUGCUCUGCUAUUCUGACAAAGGAUGAAUCAGCGACUUCAGAAGUGACAGCCUCUGACCAGUCAAUUCCUGUUAUCGAGCAAUUUGCCGGUAAUUCUUCUUUUGUGCUGCGGCCUCCUGGUCCAAUGUUGAGUCACUUGGAGUUCAUUGCAGACUGUGAUAUCUCUCUUCCUGUGCAGACCGAUAACGCCAGCGCUGAUAGUGACCGCACCAAAGUCUCUGGAGAGGUGGAUUGCAACAAGAGCAAAGAAAUGACACAAAUGUCUCUAGCACAUGAUCUGGAGUACAGUGGUGUCAACGUCAAAGCACAUGAGACUUGUCCGAAACUAGAGGAUAGAAAUGACGUCAAGGAGACUGUCGUUGAAUUUGAGUUUUCUGCGAUUAACAAUUUAAAUAUUCAGUUUUCACAAGAGGGAAAUCUGUCUCCUCAUCCCCCUGGUGCAGUGGGUGUACUGGCAAAAGGUGGGUCUGAUAAUGUAAUUUCUCUAUCCCACUCUGAGCCACGCCCUGUUGGCAUUAAACCUGUUAUUUGUGAAGCAUCCAUUAAGGAUUAUGAUGGAAUUAAACAAGACAAUAUGACAGAGAAAAUGGGAGAUGAGACAUUCACGCUGUUUGCAGAGGAAAAGAAAAAAGUUGAAGAAGCAACAAUGGAUAAUCAAAGGGAAACAGCAGACAGCAGUAAGAUGCAGAAAGGAAAGACAGACACAGCACCACAACAGAGUAAUGGGAGAGAUAAAGAGGCUGGAGAGGAAAUUGGAGACCUGCAGCCACAACAUAAACAUAAAGUGCAUAAGACUGAAUCACCAGUAAGUGAUAUAAAGGAGGAAGUAGAAAGGAAGAGUGGCAUUGCAUCUGAAAGACAAAGCAAGACUUCUUUCUCAUCUGAGGACAUGCUAGUUGCUGAGGUAGAUUCUGACACUCAAACUGUUUAUGACCAGAGUUUGCGCCAAACUCUGACAGCAACACUGGAAAGCAGCACCGACAAGGACACGGCACCAGAUUUGAAUGCAGCUCUUGGCCAGUCACAGUCCACACCAGAGCCCAACUGUUUUGCUCAGCAACAGGAGCAACAGCAGCGGUGUCUGUACUACCUACAGUGUCUGGGAUCUAGACAUCCCACACAAGAAUUGUCAGAUGGCUGUCUAGAUGGGGGAGAAAAGACCAACAGUCAAGCACUGGUUCCAAGUGUGAAAGGGGUAGCAGAGGGCAGAGACGGCUCUGUUGGGAGUGACGAGUUGACAGGGGAUGACAGCAGUGGCAAUGAACGAGUGAUGGGUGAUGGAGAGGGAGAACAAGCAGGACUGUUUCACCUUGCCAGUGAUUUAAAUAAGAGUAGAAGGGCUGCUGAGAGAAAUGCCUCGGCUGAAAUAGGGAGUGUAACAACUGGCUCUUAUGUAGAUGAGACAAGACAGGGGAUGGAUGAGAAUAAAAGCCCUGCGUUAGGGGUAGUUGGGUCAAAUACAGACACUGAGUUUGUGAAUGAUCCGGUUGGUAAACGCCAGCAAAAAGGCAAUCUAUCAGCUUCCUGUCAAGACCAACAUGGAAAUCCUGAGACCUUGAAGAACACAGCUGUAUCUGUUGAGAUUUUAUCACAGGAACAUGAGACUUCACCUUCCCAGAUCUCUUUUUCAUCAAAGGUCAGCACAGAUAGUCAUGGCAUUCAUUUGGCAGUUACUCCAAGUACAAACCAGGGUGAAGAAAUUCACACAAAGAUAUUCAGCGCUCUGGUUGGGCAACCCGAAACUGUGGAAAAGGAUUUCAGUGCAGCCACGGCUGUGAAAAGCAACAUUAGUCAAACUGAGGAGUGUGAAAUUCAGGAUACAGUGUGCAGGCCUCUCAAGCUACAAAGCUUCAAUAAAACCUCCACCACACAAAGCAGCCCAGUAGUACAAACACCCAUAAAAGGCCCCGAUGUAGAGGAGAUCACAAAGGCAGAUAAAGCACCUUUGGAAGAAGGGAAAGCUAGCAGCCAGGGGAAAGGACAAAGUGAGAUAAAAGAAUUAAACAAUAAAUCAAUGAAUAAACAGAAGGUCAUAAAUCCAACUGUGAGUGCUAAAGACAGUGGCUCAACUGGUCUUUCUAAGGCAACAGAAAAUGACAAUGAUAUAAAAGAUAAAACAAGUCUUAUUAUCACAGGCCCGUCUGUUGUUUUGUCAAAGUGCCCGGAUGAUUGUGCAUCAACCCCACCUGCAGCCCCUACCCAGUCAGAGAAGCCACAUGAUCAGGUGUCUUUGUCAAAGCCCCGAGACGAUACCGCGGUUAACCUCAUUGUUGCCGAUUCCCACCGUGAAGGAACAUCACCUGAAAAAGCUUCUGUUGAACAAGUGUCUGUGAACACGGAGCCUGCCGAUGUGUCAGAGAGUCCGGCUCCUGGACUUCCAGCUCGAGAACCAGAUAUAAACUGGAUACAAGCUCUUAAAGAAGCUGCAUCCCAAUCUCAGAGUAAACAAGAGACAUCAAGACCCCUCCCAUCUCUGGAGUCUCCUCAACUAGAAUUUCUAACUCCGACUGAGGAGAUAGCUGCUCCUCUGAGACAGGAGGAGAUCCCACCACCGGAGCGAGCAGCAGCAAAGACAACCGAGAUCCCACCUCCUAAUCUUGUGAAGAAGCCAGUGGAUCUUCCUGAACCUUUGCAAAAGACCGCAGAGCUUCCCGAACCAACACUGCAGACAGUAGAGUUCCCAGAAGAAACAAAGAAAGUAGAGCUUUUAGAACCAAGCAAGAAAGAAGAAGAGCCGCCAGUAGAGCUGCCAGAACCAAAAAGGGAGCCAGUGACUGCCUCACAAAUAGAGAAGGAGCUAACUGAGCUACAGGAACCAACGAAAAUUACAAAAGAGCUCCCUGAACCAACAAACAAUGAAGUGGAGUUCCCAGAACCAACGGAGAAUAAAGAACCAGAACCAACAAAGACAGAAACAGAAGAACCGGAGAAGGAGCUGAUCAGUGAGCUUCCAGAGGAGCAAGUGGAAAAACCAGUCGAGAUCCCAGCUGAGGAAACUGCUGCGACAGAAACAGUCCAGUACCCUGCUGAGGAGCUACAGGACAGCGGGUCCUCCCUCACUGAGCAGGCAGAAAGAGGUGACCGUGCCCCUGCCUCUUCCCCACCUUCUUCCUCCGAAUACCACUUCCUGCCUGCCCUCCCACCUCACCUCCAAGACACCACUGAAUUUCCCACUCCUCCUCCCACACCACCUGAGAGGUACACUUCUGAAGCUCUGCCAACCCCACCUGCAUCUCCCUGCUUUCCUCCCCCUCCUCCUCCAGCCCCUGCCUCCCCUCCUGUACCUCCUGCUUACCAGGGUGAGGACCACUGCCCUGCUUCUGCACCCUGCCACCCUCCUUUAAGUAAUACUUUCAGAGUGAAGAGGUCGCCAAAGAAAUCUCCAACGUCUGACCCCUCCCAGGAUCUUACGCCGGCAGAUGAAGCUCCCUCUCUCCACCCACAGGACGACCACGCCACAGACGAGGAAAAGCUGGCCUCCUCCACCAGUCACAAGUGGGCAGCCCUGCCCGACAUGGAUGCCGAUUUAAACUGUGACCAGCAAGACUUCCCUCAGCCAUGCGACCUCACUUCCUUUGUUAAUGAGAACAGUCUUCCUCAUCCAGUGCAAGACUAUGAAAUUGAGUACAUGGAGAAGAUUGGCUCCGCUUCACCUCCACUGUCUGUGAAGAAGCCAUCUUUGUAUUUGAAGUUGGACUCAGUAUCUGACAAUUUAACCAAGAAUACGUGUGAUCAUGGAUCUGAGCCCAGCUCCCCCUGCACAGGGAGCUUUGAGGAGAUGGAGGCCCAGAUAACAGCAGGUAUAAAGACACCUGUGCUGAGUUCUCGGUCUGGUCCUGAGGGCUCUGCUGGGGACAAGGGCAGGAAGAGAGAAAGCGAGGCACUCAGCCGAACACAGAGCGUAGAGAGGGAUGAGCAGUCCCCUAGCCAGGGCCCCGUGGAGGCCCCUGCUCCUGUCCUGGCCAUGCCCCCGUUAGACAGGCUGUCUGAGUGUGACGACCUCCUGCAGUACCUGGAGCCUGACCUGGCUGAGACCAACCCCACCGCAUUCGCCCAAAAACUACAGGAGGAGCUGGUGCUUGCUGCCCUGAGGAUAGAGGCUCUGCAGGUAGCCAAAAACAUCUCUCAGUGCCCCUCCCUCUCCACUGUAAACCCCCAGUCUCGGCUCAAGAAACCCAGCUCUCGGCGGUGGAAUAUCAACGGGUCACCCUUACUCAAACACAGAGACGUGUCAUCUCCAGUAGAAAGUGGCGUGUCCAUGAACUCCUUGUACACCAGGACCACCACCAGCUACAUCGAAGGGGAGAGUCCCCACCUCCCCAGAGAACUGGACCACUCGCUGGGCAUUGCACGAGAGGAGAUCGUGACCAAGGAAAAAGAAGUGAUGGAGUGGCAGAGGAAGUAUGAAGACAGCCGACAGGAAGUGGUGGAGAUGAGGAGGAUUGUUGCUGAGUAUGAGAAGACCAUUGCACAGAUGAUAGGCAUGCCAGAGGAUGACCAGAAAGAGAAGUCUCUCUCCCACCACACCAUCCAGCAGCUGAUCAUGGAGAAGGAUCAGGCCUUGUCCGACCUCAACUCCGUGGAAAAGUCUCUGGCUGACCUCUUCCGACGUUACGAGAAAAUGAAAGAUGUCCUGGAGGGCUUCCGCAAGAAUGAAGAAGUCCUAAAGAAAUGCGCUCAGGAGUAUUUGUCAAGGGUCCGCAAAGAGGAACAGCGCUAUCAAGCGCUGAAGAUUCAUGCAGAGGAGAAACUUGACAGGGCCAACGCAGACAUAGCUCAUGUGCGUGCCAAGGCCAUGCAGGAGCAGGCCGCCCACCAGGCCAGUCUGAGGAAGGAGCAGAUGAAGGUGGACUCUCUGGAGCGCACGUUGGAGCAAAAGAACAAAGAGAUCGAGGAGCUGACAAAGAUCUGUGAUGAGCUGAUCGCCAAGAUGGGAAAGAGUUAGCGAACACACCAAAUCUCACAGAGAAAAGGAGCGGCUGUGGAAAAAGAAAACUACUUAAAAUAAAAAUAUAGCAGAUCGGUAGUAUUCACCACCUCUUCCAAAGACGGAUGGACAUUUAAGGCCAAAAUGGUCUUUGGGUUAAAUUGCCUACUGACUUUGUGUAUACAGGAUCCACAGGAAUGGCUUUUUCCUCCUAAUCACUCAUUUCUUUUGUGUAUCAGUGUAUUGUACUGUAUCGGGGGUCUGUUUUAAAGUUUUAGAAAAUGUAUCAUAUCACUAAUGAGUGCUUCUGUGUGUGUGAGUGUGUGUAUGAUAACGAGAAAGCUCGAGCAGUGUUUGUGGGUUAAAUAGUCUAUAAUUAUGUUGCCAUGACAGCCACUGAGGGAGAAGACAGUUUACCCGUUCCUGUUGUCUCCUCUUGAUACGAGAACUAGACAGACUUUGAAAAAGAGGAACAGAGAUUUAGAGUCAUUCAGAAAAUGUUGAUACACCACUAAGAACACAAACUAUCACCAUAAUAACUGCAUGUUGGGAAAUAAAGGAGAACCGGUGACGUUAUAUGUUUGUAUAUACUGUAGGAAAUUCCAAGUAUGUAAAAGAUUCCUCUGCAUUUUUGAUAGUUAUUCUGUCAUCCUCGGCUCGCCCCCCCUCAUGUAACCUUGUAGAUAUUUGUCAUACUUGUCAUAGCUUUCUCGAGGAAAUUGUGCGACUAUUUUUUGGGAUUUUAUUUUGAUAUAAAGCAAACUAAUUGUGACCUUAUUCAGUUGUGACCAGGAGUGAUUUAAUUGUGGAUGGAUAUGUCUUGCUGUGGUCGUUGUGUCACACUGAGGAAUACAUUCUCUGCACAGCUGCUGUACAGCAUCUGCUUCCAAAGUGCAAUAAAAGAUGGCAAUACAGCA